AUGUCUGAUAGCAAGAAUCUAUCAACUUCACGUAGUCUCGUAUAUCCAGCAGAUGUCGUGUUUCUAUCAUUGUGCUUCACAGGGUCGUUUGUUGGCGCAUAUUCUGCUUUUAAUAGAUAUUUAAAGCGAUAUUCAAAGGUAACGAGCAUUCCAUCGUCUGCAUUUCGCAAGCGCUGGCUUUUCGGAAAAGUGACAUCAGUUGGUGAUGGUGACAACUUUCACUUCUUUCACACUCCUGGGGGUAUUUUUGGAGGAUGGGGAUGGUUGAGAAAGUUACCUAAACUCUCAAGAGUUGAAGUGAAGGAAGUUGGGCAGAAAACACACAAACCAAGUGCUGAAAGAGCACCACUUUACAAGCGCCUAUUUCACCUUAUCUUUGAAAAAAACAAGUCACAAACUGCAUGGUCGAAUUACUACCUGAGCCUACAUGUGCCAUACAAAAACAGAAGAAAUCUGUCGACAAUAUCGGUGAGGAUUUGUGGAGUUGAUGCGCCGGAAAGAGCUCAUUUUGGUAACACAGCACAACCUUUCAGUGAAGAAGCCUUGAACUGGCUACGCUAUACCCUUUUAGGUCGAAAUGUCUGGAUAAAACCACUUUCUGUGGACCAAUACAAUCGAUGUGUUGCAAGAGUUGCGUACUGGACGUGGAAAGGAUGGAAAAAUGUUAGCCUUGAAAUGAUUGAGGAAGGGCUUGCAGUUGUGUACGAAUCAAAAACAUCAGCUGAGUUUGAUGGUCAAGAACGACUUUAUCGAAGGUAUGAGACGAUUGCCAAGUCUCAGAAAAGAGGAAUUUGGACUCAAAAAAAUUUUGAAACUCCGGGAGAAUACAAGAGAAGACUUUGA